ACUGUUCUUAAAAUACGAAGUAAUAAUACCGAUCGUCGAGACAUAGCCGCAGACGAGAAAAUGCAAUCAAAUGCUUUCUUUCUUYCCCUCCUUUGGGGAGUUUUCAUUCUCCAAGGGUGUAUAUUCGCUGAUGCAUUUCAUUCGGUGUCGCUCAAAGGACUGGGUGGAUCAUCGUCCUUCGUAACCAGAAGAUAUGACGGAUCCAGUCAGACAACACGUUUUGCAGCUGGGAACGGCGACGAGGAGGAAAGCAAAAAAGCAGAUCUCAUCGAUGAYGACGAUAAUGAAGCGGACGAUGACGAAGAACUCCCAAUGUUUAUUUUGGACUACAAUUCUGAAAAUGUUGAUUAUUCCCAGUUACCGGUGCCCCCCUUUACGUCUGGCUUAGUUUUGCUCGUCAGCACGGCAUUCACUGUGUAUCUUUAUUAUGUCGGGUUGACGGGUGGUAUCGCGACGGAGCCCGUUCCAUGAGACGGCUUAAUUGGUUGCCACUUUGUGCCACAAAAGGAUCGAAUUCAAAUYCUUUUCUUUUGCAAGGGAMGUAUCUCUAAGUCAAUCGUUURUGCUACCCGCAGAAACAGGAUGCGAACUAAAUCUGGUCUUCAUMGAGACGGUGAYCACUGAAAUAAAAAACGAUCAGCUAGAGACGCUAUUCUGGAMCCCUGCCAAACACCACAGAGAAACAAAAUGGUUUGAAGCAAGUCGUUUUGAUUGCAGAAUCAAUCCUUGCCGCAAUAAUUAGACRCAAGCUAU